AAUACUAACAAGCAUCCUUUACUUGCCCAUUUCCUCUGUGAUUACAUGCUGCUGGGCUUGAUCUUCAGAGGCCUGCCCAAGAUAAAGACCUUUUCAACCAUGGCCUGCCCUCACAUCAAAGUCGCAGCCAAUGAUUUCCUCGACUUCGUCAAUGCUUCCCCCACGCCGUUUCAUGCAGUGAGGUCCGUCAAAGAAAGGUUAAGCAAGGCCGGGUUCCAAGAGAUCAAGGAGAAAGAAUCAUGGGCAUCUACAUGCCAGCCUGGUGGUAAAUACUUCCUUACCCGAAACAGCUCUACCAUUGUAGCCUUUGCAAUUGGCAAGAAAUGGAAGCCCGGCAACCCUAUCUCCAUGAUUGGAGCUCACACCGACUCACCCUGCCUACGCAUCAAGCCGGUCAGCAAGAAACAAGGCGACGGUUUUAUUCAAGUUGGUGUGGAAACAUACGGCGGCGGGCUGUGGCAUACAUGGUUCGAUCGUGAUUUGGGCAUAGCAGGAAGAGCCAUGGUAAGAGGGAAGGACGGUAAUGUCGUUCAAAAGCUGGUUCGGGUUGACAAACCAAUUCUGCGCAUACCUACAUUGGCAAUCCAUCUCGACCGCCAGGAGACGUUCUCCUUCAACAAAGAAACUCAGUUGUUCCCCAUUGCCGGACUAGUCGCUGCCGAACUCAAGCGUCAAGACGAAAAACAGGACGAGGGCUCGAAAGAGGGUGAAGAUGAACAAUCCAAACCAUUCACACCACUGAAGGCUAUCACAACGAGGCAUCAUUCUCAUAUCGUCGAGUUGAUUGCCUCGGAUGCUGGGGUAUCACCAGAAGAUGUGAUUGAUUUUGAGAUUGUUCUCUACGACACGCAAAAGGCAUGUCUUGGGGGCUUGCAGGACGAGUUCAUCUUCUCUGCAAGACUUGACAACCUUAAUCAGACAUACUGUGCAACUAUGGGAUUGAUCAACUCGCUGCAGUCGGCUUCCGCCCUGGACGACGAAUCCUCUAUGCGCCUUGUCGCUUGUUUCGACCACGAAGAGAUUGGCAGCAUGACAGCACAGGGAGCAUUUUCAAUGAUGUUACCUGCGAUUAUUCGACGACUUUCAGUGCUACCUUCCUCAUCGUUCACAGAAAACGGCUCCGAAGAGUCUUAUGAUCAUGCCACUGAUCCGGAACUGUCUACAGCCUAUGAGCAGACUCUUUCAAGCUCCUUCUUGCUGUCAGCAGACAUGGCUCACUCAGUCAAUCCCAACUACGGAGCCAAGUACGAGUCCGACCACAGACCGGAGAUGAAUCAAGGGCCUGUCAUCAAGAUCAACGCUAAUGCCAGGUAUGCUACAAAUUCUCCAGGCAUUGUUUUACUCCAAGAAGUUGCGAGAAAGGCCGCCAAGGUCAUCGAGACCGAUCCCGAGGGCGUACCUCUACAGCUUUUUGUAGUUCGAAAUGACUCGAGCUGUGGAAGCACUAUCGGUCCUAUGUUGUCCGCUCAUCUCGGUGCUCGAACUCUCGAUCUUGGCAACCCACAACUUUCCAUGCAUAGUUGUCGUGAGACUGGUGGUGCCGAUGAUGUUCAUCAUGCUAUCAGAUUGUUCAGCAGUUUCUUCCAGCAUUACUCCGCUCUGGAGAAGACGAUACUGGUUGACUAAUUCGCCCUGGGCUGUUGCUUGAGCGAGCGCCAUGGAUUGCAGUCAAUUGCGGCUGUAUUUCUCUGCGGGACCUGCUUUGCUGUGUUGCGGGUCUUGGUCUUUACUCAGCUGUCAUGGAGAUGAAUCAUCGCCGACCAUCUCCCAAAAUUCAAGUCUAUGCAGGUUGACCUGAUUGUCAAGCCUUACUCCGUACUCAUCUGCCAAAUAUUUGACAUCGAUAACGCAGGCUCGGUUGUCAGGGAUGUGGAGUGCACCUCGAAAAUCCCUGUUGAUGUUUCCCCAACGAUGAUAUAAGAACCGUAGUAUAGCCGUGACACAAUUCGCGAUAUUUCCUUUCGACA